AAAGUUCUUUUCGCCCUGUGUGCCUUGAACGCCCUGACCACCACCGUCUGCUUGGCAGCAGCUGCCCUUCGCUACCUCCAGAUAUUUGCAGCCAGAAGACCCUGCCUCGACGAAUCCCAGAUUUCUGCCGAAGAAGUGGAAGAACACGGACGGAUCCCAGACCCCGAUGACUUCGUGCCACCAGUGCCCCCCCCCUCCUAUUUCGCCACAUUUUACUCGUGCACACCCCGGAUGAACCGCAGGAUGGUCGGUCCUGAUGUUAUUCCCCUUCCACAUAUCUACGGAGCACGAAUCAAAGGUGUGGAAGUGUUCUGUCCCCUGGACCCCCCACCUCCCUAUGAAGCUGUGGUGAGCCAGAUGGACCAGGAGCAGGGACCUUCAUUCCACAUGCCAGAAGGAUUAGAAGGUGCCACGAGCCCCUUGGAACCGAUCUGCAUACCACUGACUCAAGGUGAGGACAUUCCUAACACACCCAGAGAAGAAAGCACAUCUAUCUCAACUCCCGAUGCAAACCAGCUACCUCCCAUGGGAAGCCGGAGAGUCUUCCCAGCCCUGAGGACAAGAUCGAGGAGUGACCCUGUGCUCCAUCAUUCCGCAGAGAGAGCUGUCCCCGUGCUCAGCUGCGAAGCUGCAACGCAGACUGAGGGAAGACCAGACCUGGCCACGGUGACCUUGAGGAGAGGUCUGAGGAGCAGAGCUUCGCGUUGCCGGCCUCGGUCCCUGAUAGAUUACAAGUCCUACAUGGACACCAAGCUGCUGGUGGCGAGGUUCCUGGAGCAGUCGUCCUGCAGUAUGACCCCAGACAUCCACGAGCUUGUGGAGAACAUUAAAUCCGUUCUCAAGUCCGAUGAGGAGCACAUGGAGGAGGUCAUCACCAGUGCCAGUUUCCUAGAACAGCCCGAUACACAGAGCAAGUAUUUGGAGCCGCUUGUUGGAGGCUGCCAAGCCCUAGUGAGAUCAGAGUCGGAGUAUCUGCCAAGCCAUUGGUCUGGAUCUUCUGCUCAGUCUUCCCUGGAAAAUAGCUUUGGGGAAAAUGACCAAGCACUUACAGCUCAACAGAUGCUCUCACUGCAGAUGUUUGCUGGGUCUUUGUGCCGAGUCUGGAUAAAACUUCAGGUACUGGGAUUGUUGCAGUGGACUCUGGGCCAUCGGCUG